AUGAUUUGUUAAUCUGAUCCAUUUGAAAGAAUCAUUUAAAUUUAUAUUGUUCUAGUUUAAUGUGAAUUUAGUCGCAACGUAUAUAUGAAAUGCCGGACUCUGCAGAAGAUAAAGGGAGCAAAAUGAUUUUAACAGCAAUAUUCAUUUUGGGAGCAUUUGUCCUAAUCGUGAUAGAAAAAUGGCGGUCAUUUCGAUUGGAUGUGAAACAAAAUCUCGAUCGGUUGAUAAAUCGUUUGAUGCAGGAUACGCCCUAUUUUACACAUAGAGCAAUUCACGAUGACGUCAUCAGUAUGCUCUCCCUAGUAGAGACGAUGGUUCAAAAUGAUUGGAAAGAGGAGUUGAACAUCUUUCGUUUCAAAUUCGUGAGGUCCAUGGGCAAGAUUUACAGAUGGAACGCGACGAUUGGUCUUCUGCACAGCUUGGAUAGAUUAGUAAUAGUCGGAACUGAAAUGGACAUCAUGGAAAAAAUGUACCAAAUCACUAAUGCAUUCCUUAUUCAUGAGAACAAGGAAUUAUCUUUAAAAAUAAUUAAAGAGUUCAAGAUUGAGCUUAAUAAGUAUAUACCAAGACCUCGCAACCCGUACCAGGAUUUGGAAAACACGUCGGAUGUUGUAACCCGCACGCCACAACCCCCACCAGUUGUCGGGCCCGUUAAGAAUCGCAGAAGAAAGAAACGAAAAAAUCGUAGAUAGAGUGGGCACACUAGUGCGUGUUUUACAAUAGCGCCGUAGCGGUGUUAGCGUUCUUUAAAAUUACCAGUUAAAAAUUGAAAAUAUAACUAACGGUGUACUACUGGAUUAACGGUAUAAUAUAUACUCAAUUGUAAUGAAUGUCUUCAUAUUUCAUACGUGUCGUUUAUGAGUUGGAAAGUAUUACACAUUCGCCCACAUUGGCACUGCGGUUAGCUCGCCAGUCUGUUUUAGAGAAUAUAUAUGCAUCAAGCGCUUACGGGUUCGUGUUCGCGGACCGAUGCUGGUAGCAUAGUGGCCGUUUUUGUGUGUGUGUCUUUGGACAAGACACGGAAAUUCCUUCUACCCAGUAGUGGGCCCUUAUUAAUUGUCAAAAUUUCCUUUCUGACUUGACACCUUACCUAUUAUUUGGCGAUUGUUGAAAUUUAGUGUUUAUGUUUACAAUAUUUUUUUGUAUUAUAGUGUUGAAUGACACGUCCAUUCAUUUAUUCAUAGUAUUGUGCGUUAAACCGUUUUAGAAAUAUUUCGUGAAAGAACAUUUUAUCGCAUAUUAAGGGCAAUAAAGUGUUUUACCGCAA